CUAGCUAGUAGCGGACUGAAGCUCCCAGCCAGCAAGUGUGUAGACAACACUCACUCACACUCACGCAAACAUUUACACACUCAAGGACAAGGAUGUGUGGAACUAGAACACAUCUUCUCCCCUCGGGGCACACCUGGAGCUGGGACUGCUGGGAUUGUCAGGCGGGACGGAGAUGGAGCUUCAGAAGAUGCUCAUUGAUGAGAGGACCAAGUGUGAACUGCAUCGGCGCAACUACGAAACACUCAAGGCUGAACACAGCAGCUUGCAGGAGGAGUUGAUGCAGGUCCAGGGGGAAGUUGACUACUUGCAGGCUCAGCAAGAGAAGCUCCAGCUGCAGCUGGUGGAGAGGACAGGAGAAAUUCUGGAGCAAAACAGGGAACUGGAGGAGCUCCGACUGCAGGUGAUGACUCCUCAGCGACUGGAGUUGCUCAGAGCUCAGGUGCAGCAGGAGUUGGAGGAUCCUGUCCGAGAACGCUUCUCCAAACUGGAAGAGGAGGCAGAGAAGUACCGCACAGAGUUCAACAAGCUGCGCUACGGAUACACGCUGCUUAACGGCCAGUUUCAACACCAGAAGGAGGAAAGCACUCGUGUGCUGGAGGAGCAGAAGCUACGCUAUGAGGCGGAGAUCUCGCAUUUGGAGAAGGACAAGGAGAACCUGGUGGCUCAGUACCAGAAUUUGGAGCCACUGCAGGAGAGGAAAGAAGUGGAGGUUCUGCUUCGAGAGAAAAGCCAGCUCACCCUGCGUGUGAAGGGCCUGCAGGCGGAGGUGGUGGAGGUGCAGGCCCUCCAUCGCAACUCUGAGCAGCAGGCUGAGAAUGUUCAACGUCUUCAAAAGCGACAGCUGUCAGAAUGUCAGGCUGCUAUAAACUCUCUUGAGGCGGAGCGGCAGUCCUUGCGUCUGCGACUGGAGCGCAUGGAGAGCGAGCUGGGAGUGGCUAACGAGCAGCACAACCAGCUCACCCGCCAGUCUCACAAAGCUGAGAAACAAGUCACCUGCCUCACCAACCAGAUCGAAAGCCUGAAGCAUUCCCAUAAGAUGGAGGUGGCCAGCGUCAAACUGGAGUGUACCCGCUCUAAAGGAGAGGUGGAGAGGGCGAGAGACACCCUGAAGGGGCAACUUGAUGGUAGGGUCUUGUCAUGUUGUCAGGUGAGCAGCAGUGGCAGCUUCAUGUGUGUGUCAGGUCUGCAGACGGACGUGGAGGUGCUGAAAGCUGCGCUAGAGCGACAUAAGGAGAUUGUUGUGGAAAAAGAGAGGGAGUUGGUCAGGAAGGUGCAGUCUGCACGUGAGGAAGAAAUCUACAAAACCACUGUCUUGCAUGAAGAAAAGCUGGAGUUGGAGCACCGCCUUGCAGAGUUGGAGCAGCAGGUGGCGCUGCAGGAUACCAAAGAGCAAGCCCAGAAAGAGGAAUGGGAGGAGCAUCUUCGCAUCGCCCAAAAAGGGGAGGAGUCUGUGCGCAAAGAACUGCAGACACUCAAAAGCAGAUUCAAGCUGCAAAGCGGUCAGCUGCAGGAGCUGGAGAGACAGACAUCGCUGAUGACGGACCUGAAGCAGAAACAGCAGGAACUCUGCGGGGAACUUGGAACUUUGUCGCGCUCUGAAGCUGAGCUGAUGGAAGCAAACCAGCACCUGAGGGCCAAACUGGACAACAUGAGGGAGGAGCUGAGGAACGUCCGAGCUCAAGCAGAGAGGAGCCAACACGAGGCUGAGAGGCGGGUGGAGGAGAGUCACAUGGAGUGGUUGGAGGACAAACACAAGCUGCAGGAGCACCAGGCCAAGCUAGAAGAGAAGUACUCUCAGCUGAAAGAAAAGCUGCACAAGGCAGCUGUCGCUCAGAAGAAGAGGAGAAGUCAGAGAGAGAAGAAAGAGAAGAGUCUACAGAAUACAAUCCAGCUGCUAGAAGCACAAAUGGAACAAAUCAAACUGGAAGCUGCUGCUGCCAACAAACGUCCUCUUCAGUGGGAGGAGCAUGCUCAGAUGCGCAGGAGGUUACGGGAACUUCAGAGAAGACACGACGAGUUCCGGCGCCUCCUGCUGGGCGACCACAGUUCCUUCACCUUUGGCCCCGCCCUUCUGACCUCCACACAAAAGCCCUUUGUGGUGAGGGACAUACCUGGAGACAUAGUGGAGGAAGAGGAGAUGCUUCUGCUGCGUCAGCGCAUGGACCAGCUGGAUGUAGCUCAGCAGCAGCAGCUCCAAGAACUGGGAGGUCUGGUGCACCAGGACCCUCAGGUGGACCUCUGACACCAGGACCCUCAGGUGGACCUCUGACACCUGGACCCUCAGGUGGACCUCUGACACCAGGACCCUCAGGUGGACCUCUGACACCUGGACCCUCAGGUGGACCUCUGACACCAGGACCCUCAGGUGGACCUCUGACACCAGGACCCUCAGGUGGACCUCUGACACCAGGACCCUCAGGUGGACCUCUGACACCAGGACCCUCAGGUGGACCUCUGACACCUGGACCCUCAGGUGGACCUCUGACACCAGGACCCUCAGGUGGACCUCUGACACCAGGACCCUCAGGUGGACCUCUGACACCUCACAUGACAGGUCUUGUACAUACUGUUUACACACAUGUAUAUCUGUAACACACCACUGAAACUAUGACACUACACUCAGGGAAAUACUACAUCUUGUACAAAGUACACAAAUACUACAUCUUGUACAAAGUACACAAAUACUACAUCUUGUACAAAGUACACAAAUACUACAUCUUGUACACAAGCAGUGAAGUUGUGUAAAUGGUAAAUAAAAAGAGAAUACAACAAAUGCUUUUCAACUUAUAUUCAAUUGAAUAGACUGCAAAGACAAGAUAUUUCAUGUUCACACUGAGAAACUUUAUUUGUUGUAAAUAAUCAUGAACUUUGAGUUUAAUGGCAGCAACACGUUGCAAAAAAGGCAUUUUUACCAGUGUGUUACAUGGCCUUUCCUUUUAACAACACUCAGUAAAGGUUUGGGAACUGAGGAGACACAUUUUUGAAGUGGAAUUCUUUCCCAUUCUAGCUUAAGUUGUUCAACAGUCUCCCUUCUCAUAUUUUAGCCUUCACACAUUUUCAAUGUCUGGACUACAGGCAGGCCAGCCUAGUACCUGCACUCUUUUACUAUGAAGCCACGCUGUUGCAACACGAAAUAAGCAGGGGUGUCCAUGAUAACAAUGCUUGGAUGGCAACAUACACCAGCAGAU